CCAUGGGCUCAUCCCGCCGAGCUCUCGCUGGCCUCUCCGGGUGGGCAGCGGGCAGCACAGCCGAGGAGGCUGAGAAUGCGGCGUGGGCAUCACGCCCUGACCGGCGCAGCUACCUGCUGGGCAUCCGGCCCCAGAACAGCCUCUGAUUCCAACUGACCGUGUGGCUUGCUUCGUCCUGGCAGCCAGCCUAAGGCAGCUGUACCUUCUUUUAAUAGGAACUCUGACCUCUGCCAAACGACUCAUCCUUAAUACGUCGCUGUAACGGAGCACCUUCUGCGCAAUCAUUUCACAGCUGACGGAGGAAACCCAGCCGCUAUUUGAAACCACUAUCAAAUCCCGGUCUGUGUCCGAGGACUCUGAUGCUAAAUUCACGUGCAUAGUGACAGGGUACCCACAGCCGGAGGUGACGUGGUACAAGGAUGACGAAGAGAUGGACCGCUACUGUGGCUUACCCAAGUAUGAGAUAUUCCGGCACGGAAACCGCCACACCUUGCAGCUCUACAAGUGCCGAGAAGAAGACGCAGGCAUUUACCAGGCCUCAGCAAGAAAUAACAAAGGCAUCGUGUCCUGCUCCGGUGUGCUGGAAGUGGGAACCAUGACAGAGUUCAAAAUCCAUCAGAAGUGGUUUGACAAAAUUAAGAGGAAAGCUGAAGAAAAGCUGCGAGAGAUAGAACAGGGCAAGAAGCGAGGGAAGGAGAACGUGGAGGUGGAGAAGUUGCAGGGGAUGAGCCCUGAUCGGCUCCAGAGAAAGCGGAGGCUGGACAGGAAUCUGAAUGCCCAGCCGGGAUCAUCUCCAUGGGAGAAGGAGGAUGCAGCAAAAGUGCACGUGGCCAAUUCUCAGUCCAGGUUGCACGAGGAUAAGGCUGAAGCCAAGGAGCAGCCGGUCAGCACGGUGCCAGGCUUCCCAACCAAACUGAUAGUGCCUCUGAAAGCAGAGGUGACUACCAAUGGAGAUGCCUCUUUGGAAAGCGUGGAGGAGGACAGGAAGAGCUUUCUGGCAUACAUCUAUGAGACGGUGGAGGACCUCGUGACUAAACCAACAGUGAAAGACUCUGCGGCUAAGAAGAAAAAGAAGGUGGAGGCUCCUCCAGCAGCAAAGCAGGAAGCUUCCAAGCAAGAAGAAAGUGGGCAAGACAGGGCCAACGCCUCUGUGAAUCCCAGGUUUGCCCCCACUGUUCCCUUACGCAGGAAUGCACGUUUAAGGGCGGCGAAUGCUCAAGAAGAAGAAAAAAGCCCCAAAAUCAAAGAGCUUGGGAAAGCUGGGAAUCAGGACAAUAAAAUCAAUGGCAACGUGCACUUCUCCUUGAAAGAGUUGUAUUUUGACAAGGAAGCAGUGCCAGCAGCAGGGAAGGAGGAGGUGGCAGCCAAGAAAGAGGCUGUGAGCAAGGCUGUCCCACAGCCAGUGCUGGGGAGUGGACAGACAGAGGGUGCUCCGUUGUCCUCGGAGGUAUCGGAGACAGGACCCGUGCCGUCCAUGCGACAGAGAAGCCAGCAACAUGCGCAGAAGUCUGAGGGAAACAAAGCCAUCAUCCCAGAGGUCGCAGCAGCAGUGGAACAAUCCACUCGUAGCCUGAAACAUCCGAAGUCUCACCCAGCCAUAGAGGGCAGUCAGCAAGGCACCAAGGUAGAGGAGCUCACGAAAGAGAAGCCCGUCAGCCAGGAGAGCAGGGGGGCUGGGAAAAGGACGAACCCUCGGCUGAGGCCUCAGGAGCCACCAAAGACACCAGCACCUUCGCCAGGCCACACACAGCCCAUCAAAGAGCAUCGUCCCUCCAGGAAGCAGGCCGGGGGACAUUCCCACGCUCUUGAGACCCAGCAAGGACUGUUGCUGUCAACUCAAGAAGAAAAGAGCCAAGGUGAGGAGGAGCCAUUGCUAAAGAAGUCAAAUCCUCCAGAGCCGGGGAAAAAUGCUCCUUUUGAGCAAAUCCCACGUCAGGUAGGAGUGAAGGAUGGGAAGAGCAAGGGGGCAGGAGCAGAGCUGUCUGGGAGCCACCCUGGUGCAGAAGCAGGAGGGAGUGGUGCCAAGGAGCCAUCUCCUGGGACUGCGCCUGGGGAGGUAGGAUGGACACCUUCUGGGCAGCAGGAGACUGAAAUGCCAGUUCCUCCUUCAGUUGGACUUGCCAAGGAAGAGCUGCUUCCUGAUCCUGUGGCAGGGACAGCGGCUCAGGAGGCACGGCUUGCAGCUCGCAGCACCCCAGGGAUGGAGGCCAUAGCAAGGGAGGUCCCGUCUGGAGCAAGAGAGGUUCCAUGUGAGGAAAGGGAGGUCCUGUCUGGAGCAAAAGAGGUUCCAUGUGGAGAAAGGGAGGUCCUGUCUGGAGUGAGAGAGGUCCCAUGUGGAGAAAGGGAGGUCCUGUCUGGAGUUAGGGAGGUUCCUUGUGGAGAAAGGGAGGUCCUGUCUGGAGUGAGGGAGGUUCCUUGUGGAGAAAGGGAGGUCCUGUCUGGAGUGAGGGAGGUUCCUUGUGGAGAAAGGGAAGUCCUGUCUGGAGCAAAAGAGGUUCCAUGUGGAGAAAUGGAGUUCCUGUCUGGAACAAAAGAGGUUCCAUGUGGAGAAAUGGUGUUCCUGUCUGGAACAAAAGAGAUUACAUGUGGAGAAAGGGAGAUCCUGUCUGGAGCAAAAGAGGUUCCAAGUGGAGCGAGGGAGGUCCUGUCUGGAGCAAAAGAGGUUCAAAGUGGAGCGAGGGAGGUCCAGUCUGGAGCCCAGCUGCUCUUUCCUGUUGGCAGAGAACUGGAAAUCAAAGAGGCAGCUGGACCUCCCCCACAAAAGGAGGUACCAGCCAUCAUGUUAGGGGAGGACAGUGCCAAACCAGUACCCGUGGAACCUCAAGGGAAGGCAGGAGACAAGCAGACCACCACAGCUCCGUGCCAACAACUGGCAGCACCUUCAGGCUCUUUGGAAGGAGGUGCUGAGGUUCAGCCACCAGUCCCGCUGGUCCUGCCCAGCCCUGAGAGACCCCCACAGAUGUCUUUGGAGGAGAAGAUGCAGCACAAGAACCUUGUUUCAUCCUUGAAGAACUAUCUGCUGCUGCUUUUAAAGAUGUCAGAUGGUGGCAAGGACACCACGAAAGGGGACGCUGAGCCUAGGGAUGAGGAGCAGCCCGAGGCAGAGGAGUCCCCGCUCCCAGCGAUUGGCAUCGCAGGCCUCAGCCCUCGCACCUCAAGGAGGGUUCUAGAGAAGGUACAAAACAACCAGCUCUUCCAGACAGCUGAGAACUUGCCCCUGACCCCCAGGACGUCCAGGCGGAUCACAGGCAUGAUUCAUGAGGAAUUCAUUACCAGCCAGGAGAUGCUGGCUUGCCGUCCAGUGCCGCCAAAGAGACGCAGCCAGCUUGCCGCCGAGGCAGAGGGACCACCCCAGCUCCCUGUGCCCUCCAUCGUGGUGGGCAGCAUAACCACCGCAGGAGAGGGGCAGCCUCCUCCCGAAGGGCCUCCAGCGAGCCCUGAAAACCAGAGCCCUGGUGACCCCCCAGCAGUGCUGCCUUGUGCCACACCAGAGGAGCUCGCGUCCGGCGCCCGCCGCAAGAUAUACCUGCCAAAACCCAAACCAGUAGGGGAGGAAGAGGAGGCGAUGCCAGAGAGCCCAGGGCACGCCAGAAGUCCUGCUGUUUCACCGCGGCAGUCCAGGAAGAAUGCAGCCCUCUUGCAGCUGCCCACCCUGGCUCCAUCCUCUCCCAUAGAGCAGCGGUCACCAACCCUCACGAGGAAGAUGGACACGUUGGAGGUUCCGAAGCUGUACGAGGAGCCCAUGGGUGACAACAGCGGUGACCAUGAGGUCCCUGAAGACACUAAGUCAGAAGCACAGCCAGGAGAGUCCAAGAAAGCAAAUAACCCUUUUAAAGCUCCGCAGGUGAUCCGUAAGAUCAGGGCAGAACAAUUUUCCGAUGCCUCAGGAAACCUGAAACUUUGGUGCCAGUUCUUCAACAUUCUGAGUGAUUCUAAGCUGACGUGGUACAAGGAUGAGGUCCCUGUAGCAGAAGCCCAGAGGAGCGCGGGUGAUGAGGGCCAGGCAGCGUUGGCCAUUGUGCAGGCAUCCCAGAAGGACUGCGGGGUCUACCGGUGCGUGAUCAGCAACGAGUACGGCACCGACUCCACCGAUUUCCUGCUCAGCCCAGAAGUGCUGUCAGGAUUUAUCCUGCGGGAAGAGAUGGAAGUUGGAGAGGAGAUCGAGAUGACGCCCAUGGUGUUCGCAAAGGGUUUGGCUGACGCAGGCUACUGGGGGGAUAAGCUCUUCGGGCGCGUGGUGAGCGAGGACAUGGAAAUGGGUGCUGGUUUCCUGCGCAAAGCCUGCCGUGCCCGAGCCAUCUACGGCCUGGAGCCCGUCUUCGAGUCCGGCCACACCUGCAUCAUCAAAGUGCACAAUUUCAUUGCUUUUGGGACCAAGAACGAGAACAGCCUCAUUGAGAAGAACUACGAUAUAACCAUCCAGGAAUGUAAAAUCCAGAACUCCAGCCGCGAGUACUGCAAGAUCUUUGCCGCUGAGGCACGAGCUGUCCCAGACUUUGGAGCGGUGCCUGAGAUAAUUCCUCUGUACCUGAUUUACCGCCCAGCCAACAACAUCCCUUACGCCACGAUGGAGGAGGACCUGGGCGGACCCUGCGAGCAGUACUGCGUCACUGAGAGAGAUGGCACCUUGGUGGUACGAGGCACCUCGGAGAUUGUGCUCAAAUGCUGCACCUUCCAGCACUGGGUCUACCAGUGGACAAAUGGAAACAUCCUCGUGACUGACAUGGAAGGGGUGGGCUGGAAGAUGACCAACGUGCGGAUCGCUACCAACCUGAAAGGGUUCCAGGGGCUGAAGGAAAGCUGCUUCCCCUCCUUGCUGGAGCAAUUCCCGGCCGCUCACCAGUGUAACCGUUACUGCAGCAUCCUGGGCCUGAAGAUGCUGGAGCCCACCAAGCCCAAGGGCUCCAAGAGCCCCUCCAUGGGCAGGAAAUCUGCCCAGUCCAGCCCACAGCUCCAGAAGAAGGGACUGGCAAGUCCCCAGAGCAUCCGCAAGCCUGCCGUGAGCCCCAAGACCUCUCGGAGAGCCCCCGAAAUGGAGGAGACCCCCGCAGCCUCCAAACCCAGCUCAGGAGAGAGUGGCAGGUCUGGCUGCCUGCAGUAGCCGAGCCGCUGCGGCUGGGACCUCGCACCCCGGACCCAGCCUGGUGGCAGUACGUGGCCGGGCACAGGAGAGACCCCAGCAGUGGCCGCUGUCCCCCCUCUGGCUCCUGCAUUGUGUGGUGUGUGCUAAGUGUGAGCAGCUCAGCUGGGGGGCCAUGAGCCGUUACCUCUUUCCAAGAGCUGCUGGUGGUGGUGGA